CAGACUGCGGUCUCGAUGCUCUUGAUCGUUACCGGACAAUAUUACCCAUUCUCUGCAUACGUACAGUUAAUUGAAUUGAUUCAUCGCCUCCAGAAUGCCGAACGACGAAUAUCAAUAUCAACCACAGCAAAAGCUGCCCGUCGGCCGGGAGCACGUCGAGUGCGACGGCCCGGGGUGUUCGGAAACAGGACCUCCCAAGAUGUGCUCCCGGUGCCACAUGACCUUUUACUGCGGGGUUGCCUGCCAGAGAGCGCACUGGAGGAACGGCCACAGGGAAGACUGUAGAGACAUAAACUUUUUUCGGGAGCACUUCGCGAAAUCCGAAAGCAAAACAGAGGAGGUUUGUGAGAAUGCCAGCGGCAGCGGCGGCAAAGCCGAAGCAGCGCUGCUGUACGCGGCGCGGGCGAGCAGGGGCGACAAGAGCGCGGAGGAGCGGAAGGACUAUUCCGAGCUGGCCCUCGCCGAGCUCGCAAGGAUCAACACGACCGCAGUGAACCUCCGAGACCCAUCCGAAACAGCCCAGGCACUCUUCACCAAGGCCGAAGUCCUCCUGCAACUGGAACGGCCGGCCGACGCGCUGCGGGCCCUAGAGGAACUCGAGGCCAUCGACAAGCAAGGCCGGGAAAACAAAGCCAGGAUUGAGUCGCUGCUGGAUUCCCUGGAGGCCCUCGAAAUCCAGGGCCGGACGAGCGAGGCCGACCGUGUCGCCCAGCAGCUUGCGGAAAUGCGGGAAGCCAACAUGCACACUACCCGGCUGCCAAAUUGUGGCUUUGAUCUGUACAUCAAAAUGGCCGAAUGCUUCGAAGCCAUGAAGGAAUACAGAAAAGCCAUAGAUACUUACAAGUUCAAAAUCAUGGAUGUCAUAGAUUACGAUGACCCCGAUGCCAUGGCAACACCACCCCAGCAGCGCAUGAUGUUCAUGGGCAUGUCGCGGUGCUUGUAUCACCUGAAGAAAUAUGACUCCGCCAUUCACGCAGGUGAGGCGGCCGUCGAGAUGAACCGUCACUUCCCGCAGGUUCACAAGUACGUGGCGUUGUCCCAAAAGGCCACCGGCGAUUUACGGAGUGCGGUGCAAACCAUGGGGAGGGCGGUCACCUACGAAACCCCAUGGGACGAGGCCAACCAAAACAUUGUCCUCGAAAUGUACAAGGAAUUGAAAAAUGAGUCGUUGGCCGCGGACUCUGGCCUAGUGGCUCCACCUGACGAGCAAGGGCAAAGCAAGGCCGGAACGCUCUAGGGUUUUGGCAGCAGCCAACCUAUAGCCUACUUCCACCGAGACCGUUCACGAAACCACCAGAGUACGUGCUUCUGUAUGGAAGGCUACUCUUAUGGUGCGAAAUGAACAUCUCUCAUGCAA